CCAGCGGAGAGGCAAACUCCUAGCCCUGUUGACUACAAAUCCCAGAAGGCUGGGCGGCACCUCUACCAUUGCCGGAAAAACAAAACGGGAGGCAUCAUCAUUUUAAAAAACGGAGUGCUUUGGAUGUCCCUGCUGAUACAAGCUGCAUCUCGGAGGAGUAAAAAAAAAAAAGCAGUGUUAAUUUGCCCUCCCUCAAGGUCAGAAGCAGAAGAUGGCAGACCCUGAAAGCACAGUCAUAAACACCAGUGUGAAACAGAAAGACCCCAAGGAAGCACUGGUUAUUGCUGUGACGACAAGAGCCAUUUUCAACCUGGAAAAGGAGCAUGAGAUCUUCUUGACAAAGGGCAAGGAAGAAUACGUGAAGCAUCAGAAAGCAAAUGAAAACAACCCCUUGGAACCAGGGACAGCUUUUGCUUUUAUUCAGGCUAUACAGUUUGUGAACAAGAAGCUUCUUGAAAGAGACCCGGAGGAGAAGAGACUCUUUGAUGUCAUUGUCCUCUCCAAUAACAGUCCUGAGAGUGGAGUGCGGAUCAUCAACAAUGCUAAACAAUAUGGUCUGGAGAUCUCCAAAUUUUGCUUUGUCAGUGAUGAAGAUUCUACCCAGUACUUGAAAACACAUAAUGUGAAGCUUUUCCUCUCAGCUGACAGGACAGAUGUGUGCAAUGCACUUCAAAGAGGAGUCUCAGCGGCACUCAUCUUCCGGCAGGAGAUACAGGCUCCCACAAUGCAGCUGCGGGUGGUCUUUGAUGGCGAUGCAGUGCUCUUUUCUGAUGAGACCGACCGGGUCUUUAGGGAAAGGGGGCUGGAGGGGGCCAUAGCGUACGAGAAGAGUAUGGAAUCUGUGCCCAUGGGAGAGGGCCCACUGAAAGCCUUUGCUCUGCAUCUUGGGAAGAUGUGCAAGAAGUUCAAUCAAGAGGACUCCCCCAUCCGUACCUACUUGGUAACAGCCCGUAGUGGUCGAGACAUGGGCAUCCGGGCCAUCAAAACCCUUAGAGAAUGGGGCUUGGCAAUUGAUGAGGCAUUCUUCAUGGAUGGAGCUCCAAAAGGACCCAUAUUGUCCAAGAUCCAGCCCCACAUUUUCUUUGAUGAUGGUCUUCACAAUAUCCAAGGUGCCCUGGAUGUUGGCAUUCCCUCUGCACUGGUCCCUUGUGAUUGCAGUUCAGAAGCAAAAGCCCACCGUACCAUGUGAGGACUAUGUAAAGUUUCUGGCUGAAGGAACAGUGGUACAAUUCGGAAUGUAUUCUUUUCACAUUUUGUGUGAAAGAGGACAGAACUGUUGUGUGAUGUGGACAAUGCCUUGGAUAAAGGACAAAAAGGAAAACAUGGCUUCCUUCAGGUUUUGCCACUCCCCAGAUGUCAUCCAAUAACUAUGAUGCUGAGGAACCCUGUGCCGUCUGCCUCAGCAGUCUUCUUCUUCCCUCCUCAUCCCUAUUUCCUUUUGUGUCCUUUCAUCUUAAAUUGUAAGUCCCUAAGUGUCUUUUCUUUUAAAGACCAAUAUGGAAACUACUCAGAGGGCCUUUCCAGAUGUAGAAUGGGCUAUAAUUAAUAUAAAUAAAUUCCUGUGAUAUAUUUUUUAAAAGUUAAA